AUAAACAUUUGAUUAAUCCAGCCCCUACUCGCCCUAUUCCAUGGUUGGUGGCACUCAAUUGUCAUUAUUAUUGGAAUCUGGGCACUCUGGGGUGCUUGGGGUAUUGGUUCAAGUCACGCGCUCUUAGCCUAAGGUAACUAUGGCAUGAGUACCUCAUUCAUGGUACGGUACUCUCUUCACGCCAGCAUCCCUUCCCCAACCUUUCAUCUAGGAAAAGAUCUUUUGGAAAGUCUCAUGAUGUUGUAAGUGUAGAGACAGACACAAAAUAAAAACGACGCCCAUACAUUAUUCGAGCAUAUUCACAAACACGACCUCAUCCGCAUUAUUCCAUCCAGUAUCCAUCAACAUCCGGUUCAGGCUCAGCUGCACAGCAUAGCUCCCACUGUAGCAUACGUCACCUCCAUCACCUCUUCUACUCCCACCACAACCACUUCAGGAUGUUAGACCAAAGCAACCAACAUAGCUUCCUUCUGGGACUUCCUACUGAAAUACGACUGCAAAUAUAUGAUUAUUGUCUAGCAGACGCAAAUGUCCUCACCAUCACAGCAGCACCACUAACUGUGUUUGGGCACAACAUCAAAGACACAGCAAGGGCUGAGAUUCCAGGCGUUCCUCGCGACUACAGCCCCCUCUUUCGCUACGGCUAUGAUUCCAAACUCUUGUCAUUAUCGGAUCCUCCCAGCAUCAGCCUAGAUGUCGACAAUGAAUUGAACGAGACAUGUCACCAAAGCUCCCCCUACUAUGCUCCUCAGGCGCUGAUGCAGUCCUGCGGCAUGAUCUAUGCGGAACUUAGCGAUUACAUGAGGAACAGGCGUCCAGGAAAAGACAAUGGGGGAUUGGCGCUGUACCUUACCUAUCCUUACGGAGUCCUGGUACUCAAAGAGCUCUAUCCUUUUCUUCUCUCCCAGGCAAAGGCUGUAUACAUAUCCGGAUACUACAACAUACCGAAGGCCUCUUCUCCACAGCCCACGCCUUUUAUCAAUGCGAUCAAUCCAUCACUACCCCCCAGGCCGAUGAGACUACGAAUGAGUAGCCCUUUUAUCAGGCAGUAUAUGAAGUCUCUGCCACCCUUUCCACUCUGCACUGCAGCAGCAGCCCCACGCGCCCUUGCGCGGCUUGUGCGAACGAUCCUUUCUCCGAAACCAGGUCGUAUGCAAAAGCUGGAAUCACGCAUCGUGUUCCCUGAAGGUUCUUAUGCUGAUGUUUGGUGCCACGACGACGCGCCAAUCAAUCAGAUCCUGCGCAACACUUGUGGUGGCUCUAUCAGUAUGCACGUUAGUCGGGGGGAUACUGUGAAUUGCGUGCACUUGGUUGCAAAACCGAACCCGGGGAGCAGGACUGUUAGUACGAACUGGAGUCGAUGGAUGGGCUCGGAAAAGUGGGAAGACUAUGUGAUUGGACCUGAAUGGCCAGAAAAGGUGUGAAAGAAGUUGGAUACGAGGGCAUCUAUGGUAGCCACACCAGGCAAUUUACGACAGCUAUGAAUUAUGCCAUAUCGCUAGAUCUGCAAGAUCAGCCUGGUGAAACAGUCCUACUCUAGCCCUUUACCAAUACCUGCUCCACCACCUUCACAAUCUCCAGCAAUUCUUCAUCCAU